CUUCCCCGCCGCCGGCUCCGGGGCCUCCUCGCCCCCACCUCCGCCGAGCGUCGACGGAGGCCGCCGCCGGCUUCGCUCCGCGGCCGCCAGCCCGCAGGCAUUCGCCGCUCCGCGCCCGUGUAAGGGUUUUUGCCGGCGGGGCGUGGCGUGAUCGGCGGGUGGAGAAGAGGACGGGGCGGCGCAUUGGAUGGUCUCGAUCCGUACGGCUCCUUGCUGACCACCUGCCGCAAUGAAGGAGGCUGGCGCGGACGGUCGUAGCUGGGAGGAUCAUCUUGCCACCGCUCGGUUGAAUGGAGAGGCCAAGGCGGCCGCACCUCAAGUGGGCCAUGGAUUGGGUGCUGAUAAGGCCUGCGCCAUGUCCACAGAGGAAGAUGAGGAGAAAGAUAAAGGAUGCAAUCUUGCUGUGAAAUUGGAAGAGUCUGUUGAGGCUAUUUCCCCCCCGUUUGAAGUAAGAGGUCGGAUAAGUGAGGAAAAGGGUUCUAGCAUGGAGGAGAGGCCUUUGAACAUGGAUGAAGAGAAGACGUGCAAUUUUCUUGUGGAAUCUGCUGAAUCUGGCAAUUUGCAGACGUGUUAUGGGGCCAAUGGCAGGGUGCUGAGUAAGGCCUUAUGCAUUACUUGUGGUGAUACAUUGUGUUCCAAGGAUGUCGGAUGCGUGCGUGGCUCAGUGGAUAAAGUGACCGAAAGGAGCCAAUAUGAGUUGGGUGGUUUGGUGUGUAAUGGGGGCUUGUCGGAUUCAAUUAAGCACGAUGCUGAUCGAUGUCCAAAUGGGGUUGAUGACAUCAUAUUCAUGACAGAUGAUAACUAUGAGCUGUCACAAGAUGAUUUGAUGCUGAAAAUUGAAGCUGAGGCCUCAGGGCAGUUGCUUGAAGAUUCAGUUCCUUCAGUUUCUGGAAGCAUUGAUGUUUCUUUAAAUGGCAAAGCAGGUCAGUGUGAGGAGGAUGUUCUGUGUAAUGGAGCGUUGGGAAAGACAAGCCUAGAGGAUGUACAGUUGCGCUGCAUGAAACCACACUGUGGUGAUGGGAGUUUGCCAGAUCCAGUAAAAUUUGAUAUCCAGCAGCUGCCACAUGACAUGGAUGUCACUCGUUUGAAGAAAUAUGUUAAUCAGCUGGAUGAGGAUGGCUUGUUGCAAAAAAUUGGAGCAGAGGUCUCUAUUCCUGUGCGUGAAGAUUCAGUUCCUUCUAAUUUUGGGAUUGGUGAAAUAUCUGAACAUAAAACAGGCAUGGAGAAAGUGGCCUGUGGCUCAAUGGGAUUUUUUGGCGUGCUUUCAUGUGAGGGUGGGUUUUGGAAGGAGGCUCUUGAAGACGAGAAUCAGAGUCCCAGGAUGGAUGCGAAAGCAAGGGAAGACAACUUACAGACAUGUUGGGUGGAAACAUGUCAUGGGAAUGGGAGCUUGUCAGAUUUACGGGAGAGUGACAGCGAGAACUUGCCUUGUGGUGCUAAUGGCCCGAGUUUGAUGAUUGAUGCUAAUCAUGAGCUGGAAAAGGGUGUGUUUUUGCCAAGUAUUGAUGCAGACUUGUCCUUACCAGUAUAUGAAGCUUCACUUCAUUCUGUUAAUGAUAGGCCUAUGGAUGUUCCUGUAAAUGGCACGUCUGGUUGGAUUGGCGAGUUAUCUACAAAUAGAACAUGUGUUGAGAAAUUGAAAUAUGAGUCACUGGGAGAAGGUACGCUCUUAUGUGAGAAUGAAGUUGGUUUCCAGACAGAGGCUUCUGUAAAUGCUAGGAUGGGGAUUGCAAAGGAUCCAAUUUCAUCUAUUUGUAAAGAUGAAAUUAUGGAGAGUUCAGAAGCUUGUGGUCCUUUUCCUGAAAUAAAAGUUCCACUCCAGCACCAGCAGACUGACCAAAAACACGAGACCGUUGAUUUACCACUGGAGAGAGACCUGAUUAGAUCUUCCUAUAACCAACCUUGGGAAGAUGAACCUUUUCAUAGUUGCAAAGGGUCUUCUGCACCAUGCCUGGGCCAUCGAGAUACUUCUGGUGUUAAAUUGGGUUCUCCAGAUCAUUUGGCCCAAGAGCUCAAUACAUGUAAUUCUGCCAUUGACAAACCUUGCUCUGCUGAUUUUGUUGAAAAUGGUAAUGAUGGAGAAUUGCAAAACCAGACGUCGGAGUCAUUAAAUGUCUUCAGACGUAGGAAUCCAAGAAGAGCUGCAUCAUCAAGAAUUAAUCUUGAGAAGCAUGAUCAAAUAAAUAAAGGAAGCAAGAACAUAAGGAAAUCUAAGAAGAUCAAGAGAUCAUGGUCAUUAGUUGAAAGCACCAUGAUCAAGUUCCCAAAUAAAACCACAAAAGGAAGAAGUGGCAUCAACAGGCCACCAAAAUCUACUGGUUGGGGCUGUCUACAAAAGCUAACAGAUGGGUUUAGUCAGAACUGUGGGCCUUCAACUUCUAACUCUCAUCUGACUUACAUUGAAAAAGGUAGGUCAAAUACAAGAUCGGAGGAUAAAAAGCAACCAAGUAUACGGAAGACACGAAGUUUAAGAGGCUCAAGAAAUAAGUGUCCUGCCCUUUCUGAUAUCGGAUAUGCAUUGGAUGAAGUGAAUGGAGAAUCUGCCUUUUUAGCUACAACUGGUACCAAUGCCCCCUCAGAAGGUUAUAUCGGGAACUUUCCAAAACUGGUUCCUGAUUCAUUGGUCAAUGUUUCUUGUGAUGCUCGCAAAACUGCACAAUAUAUGUCUAUCCAAACUGAAAUGCAGCAGUUAGACACACACUUGGAGAGUGUUACUCAAGAAACAUGCCCCACAUACAUCCAUGGGCAAUUUGCUAAAUCAACUUCUGAACCUUCUCUGAAUAAUUCUGGCGUUGGAUUUUCACCUGACUCUGUUUUGGAGGUAGCUUCUGUUACGUGUGAAAACAACACUUCUGCAAGCCAUGAUGUUACACUGCGUGAAAACACAUCUUAUCCUGCUGCAUUGGCCGGAGAUUGUCUUCAUGCAUCUACCCUAUCUUCUUUUGACUUCCAAAAAAAUCAUGCUUCGUCAUCAACUGAUUUGGAGCAGUGCACCAAAAAUGUGAAGGGAGAUGAGAACACAAGAAAGGAAGAGAUGAAUCCAUCUCACGCCAGGAUAGGUAAUGGUAUUGGUGAGGUAAAAGUGCAAUGCCUAGAGAUGUCCAAUGCAGUGAGAAGAAGUAAGAAUUUGAGAAAGCAGGAAUGCCAAAAGAAAGAUGGAAUAAAGGGAAAUAACAUGAAAAAUAUUAGUUCCACCAAAAUUCCUUCAAGUGAAGCUUCAAAACUCAGGGCCUCAUUUAAUGAUUCAUCAUCACUCGGUCCAUCUGAAUUACUGCUUUCAACAGGACCUGCGAAGUUUGGUUCUUGUUUUGAGGUCAUAACUUCUGCAACACAAGAUCUCAGUCUUCAUGAACAUAACAGUAUGCAGGGUCCAUCUGUAACUGGUUCUGUACGAGAUCCAAAUGCGAAGGGAAAAAACAAGAUGAAAAAUAUAGCAGAUGAUGUUUUCCUUGAUCCUGUAUCGUCUACUUUACCUUAUCAGUUGGUUACUGACCUGGCAGGAUCUCAUAUGAAUGAACAGAGUAAUCAUAGUCCAGCUACUGAACGUGCAUUCAAGAACUCUGCCGCACUAGCUUUGGAGUUACCUAGAAAUGCUGCUUGUAAAAAAGAUGGGACAUCUUUACCACAACCGGUACGUUCCGCAUGGGUGUGUUGUGAUGAUUGCCAAAAGUGGCGCUGCAUACCAGCUGAAUUGGCAGAUACCAUUGGAGAAACGAAUUGCAGAUGGACUUGCAAGGAUAACCGAGAUAACGCGUUUGCUGAUUGUUCUAUACCACAAGAGAAGACAAAUGCUGAGAUUAAUGCUGAGCUUGAACUUUCAGAUGCUUCUGCUGACGAAGCUGACAAUGAUGGAUCAAACUCGAAAGCUUCUAGAGCACCAUCCUGGACAGCGGUUAAGACAAACUCGUUUCUACAUCGUAACCGCAGGACACAAUCCAUUGAUGAGAGCAUGGUAUGCAACUGUAAGCCUCCUCAAGAUGGCCGUAUGGGUUGUAGAGAUGGCUGCUUGAACAGGAUGCUCAACAUUGAAUGCACAAAACGUACAUGUCCUUGCGGAGAGUACUGUUCCAAUCAGCAGUUUCAAAGGCGCAGCUAUGCAAAAAUUAGCUGGUUCUGUUCGGGCAAGAAAGGCUUUGGAUUGCAGUUGAAAGAAGAAGUAACUGAAGGACGGUUCCUCAUUGAAUAUGUUGGAGAGGUCCUUGAUAUAACUGCUUAUGAAUGCCGCCAAAGAUAUUAUGCUUCUAAGGGCCAGAAACAUUUCUACUUCAUGGCACUAAACGGUGGUGAGGUAAUAGAUGCUUGUACUAAAGGAAAUUUGGGCCGGUUCAUCAAUCAUAGCUGCAGUCCUAAUUGUCGUACAGAGAAGUGGAUGGUAAAUGGAGAAGUCUGCAUUGGAAUUUUUGCUAUGAGGAACAUCAAGAAGGGUGAAGAAUUAACGUUUGAUUACAACUAUGUUCGCGUAUCUGGUGCUGCUCCUCAAAAAUGCUUUUGUGGCACUGCCAAAUGUCGGGGUUACAUUGGUGGAGACAUAUCAGGGUCUGGUAUCAUUGCCCAAGAUAAUGCAGGUGCAGAGCAUUUUGAAACCCUGGCCGCUGACAAGGAUGCUGAAGAAAUGCUCGCUAAUGGGGCUUGUUCUCAUGGUGUAAAUCCAAAUAUUGCUGAGCAUGGAACCUCCAUCCAAAGUGAAGAUUUAAAUGACUGCGCACCUGCAAGCCCGGAGUCUGAACCUCACCAAGAAACUUCACUUAUCUUAUUUGACACUAGUGAGCCAGAGUAUUCCCUGGAAGCGUUGAGCCCACAGGAUAGCGAAGAAAUCACUCGUACACCUGUCCAUGUGUCCCAGACAGAGAAUUCUUUGCAGCAGUUUCCAGUACAUGACACUCAGCCAUUAGACAUUUUACAGAAGACUCGAAACACAAUGGAUUUGCAGUUUCCAGUAUAUGACACUCAGCCAUUAGAUACAAAGGCUCCAAAUGCUAUGAUUGGGUCUACACCUAGCUCUGAUUUGGGGAGCAACCUGGUACCUAGUUUCCAUGCUAAUAAGAAAGACAAUCUAAAACGUCGUAGAAACGUAAAACCAUCAUUAUCUCCUAUUGACAAUGAGCACGCUCUUGGAGUUGAAGGGACACUGAACAACCUGUUGGAUAGAGAUGGAGGUAUCAGCAAGCGAAAAGAUUCAGCAAAUGGAUAUUUGAAGCUUCUUGUUCUGACCGCAGCGGAAGGUGACAAUGCUGGAGGCACAUCUAAAAGCGUAAGGGAUCUUUCGUUGAUUCUUGAUGCACUUCUGAAAACAAAAUCAUCUUCCGUCCUGUUGGAUAUCAUCAACAAGAAUGGAUUGCAAAUGCUUCAUAAUAUAUUAAAGCAGAAUAGAGAUAACUUCCAUCGAACACCGAUAUUAAGGAAGCUUCUGAAGGUAUUGGAGUUUCUAGCUUCGAAGGAAAUUCUGACACCUGGAGAUAUAAAUGCUGGUCCUCGAUGUGCUGGAAUGGAAAGCUUCAGGGACUCAAUGUUGAGUCUGGCUUCCCGGCAUAGUGACGUGCAGGUUUAUAAGAUUGCUCGGAAAUUCCGCGAUGACUGGAUCACUCCUUACAUAGCUGGCCCUGUUUCAACUUCCAACUGUUCCACAGACUCCUAUUUCACCAGAAGAAAACACAAGAGCCGCUGGGAUUAUCAACCAGAAAGCCACUACAGAAUGGUUGGAUUGCAAGUUCAGAAAGUUUAUUCUAGACAUGGAGAGUUGGAUCUUCAGACUGGCUUGAAGAGAAAUAGGUCGCAGGGGAAUUGGGCAAACAUCUAUAAUGAUGAUGCUCCUGUCAUGGGGCGUUCAACAGAUGGUGCAGAUGAUGAAGUGCCUCCUGGGUUUGAGCCUCAACAGGAACAUGGGCCUGCACAAGCUUCUUUAGACUGGGGUGCAGAUGAUGAAGUGCCUCCUGGGUUUGAGCCUCAACAGAAACAGCAGCCUGCACAAGCUUCCUUAGACUGUGGGGUUGCUCCAGGAUUUUGCCAGGAGAGGUAUUUGCCUCACCUGAGUAUUUCACAUGGGAUUCCGAUCGCUCUUGUCCAGCACCUUGGAACCUCUGAAGUUGAAGGAGGCCAUGGUGGCGAGAAAUGGAAAGUAGCACCUGGUAUGCCGUUUAGUCCUUUUCCACCGCUGCCGACUUACCCGCGAGGAAGUCCUUGUCCUUCCACUUCGUCAAAUCAGAUGUCUCAUCACAAUGGAGCACCUGUCAUGAAACACAACAGUUCAGAAUAUAUGGGAAGAGCUGACGGCAGAGGUGGAAGAGGGCAUAGGAAUUGGCGGAAUGGGGCGAGAACAAGGUUUCCAUACAAUCAAGGAAGAAGAUUCCCAAGCAAUCACCAUAGGUUUGAAAGAUGCCAGCCCCCAAGGCCUCAGGAGCAUGGUGGUUCAGGAUUUAGGGGCAGAGAAUAACCCAGUCCUGGCUUUGAACCUCAAGUAUUCAUGGUAAUUCCUGUUCAUCAGAAGUGUAACAGAAACUAUCUUAGAUUUUCAUUUUAUCUAACUGAAGUUUUGUACUACCAUUUCAUUAACAGUAGAACAUAUGCGACAAAUAGGUCAUGGCCUUUGCAAUUUUGUCUUAAUUUUCUCCGUAGGUUCCACAAUGUGUAAUCUCGAGAGGAAUAAUUGAUUUGAUUCAAAUCUUCUUACAGGCUAAAAUGGCUAAUUUGUUCAUUGACAA